AUGGCGAAACUCGAGGCCCCUUAUGGGCAACCGUAUCCAAAUAUACAGAACCUCGUUCCCAGCUCGAAAGCUGGUGAUUUUCCACAUCAAUUCGGUUUAACGAAAGAGGAGAAAACGCAACGGAUCGCUUAUUCAAACGGAUACCCACCGAUAUCUUCUGGAACUGGUCACCUCGUGAAUCGCGGCAGUGAGCAAAAAGCGCCUCCCGGAAUGGCUCAGUACACGGACUACCACUCGCAUUUCGACCCGUCACUCAUCCACGUGCCUUACUACGAACCCUAUGGAGCGUCGCUAGGCGGUUAUCCGAUGGGCGGCUUAAUGCCACUCCAGGCGGCCGUCUCCGAUGCACAAAACGAUUUCGGUGCCUCGUCAAGUUAUGUAACCCCUCUGGCUCCGACGGGCAACGUGGGCACCCCACAAGAGCAACCCAACGGAAGCUCGGUGCUCGAAAUCGGAAAAGUGUCAAAUCAACGUCCACCCUCCACCUCAGCGGCGACUGCCGUUUUGCCAACACCAGCCGAUUGGGGAGCUGCAAAUGGAUGGCCACAUUAUUACAUGACAGCCGGCCCUGGUGACUACUCGUUUGCGACAGCGCCGAAUCCAGCCGUUUUCUAUUCAGAAGCAUUAGUGACCCCAGGUCUACCCGGAUCUUUGGAUGGACCGAGUGCCGUUGAUCCGUCGAGUUACGCCGCCGCUCUGCAACCCCAAGUCACUGGAGUUACAGGCCCAUGCCCUGCACCGAUUCCUCUCAAUCCAGCGCUCGCCUCGCCCUCCUUUGAUUACUCGAUUCUUCAUCCGCAGACGAGUGUUGCUCCGACGAUUAGUGCCACCUUGCCCACACCGACUCGAGCGGCUCCGAAGCGAAAAUCAAUGAAGAGUGUCGGCAAUUCGGCUCCAAUUGUUCCGCCGGGACCGAGCUUAAGCAUCAAAUCGGCCCCGUCAAUCGCCUCGGGCGAUGAUUGUUUUUCGGACGAUGAUGGACGAUCGACUGAGGAUCGAGAUGUUGAUAGAAGAUCGGCGAAUAACGCGAGGGAAAGGCGUGCCAAGUACAGUCGCAUGAGUGGCUCAUGCUCGUCAUCGUUGGCGGCCGAAGAUGAGACGGGACGCGUGUCCGAUGAUAGAGAGAUUCUCGACAGGAGACUGGCCAACAAUGCACGAGAACGAAUUCGCGUUCGUGACAUCAACUCGGCGUUCAAAGAGCUGGGCCGAAUGUGUCACCAACAUUUGCAAGUCGGAUUCGCUCACGUUAUUGCAGCACAAGAGGCCAGCGGUGAUAAAGCGCAGACGAAGCUCGGCAUCCUUCAUCAAGCCGUUCAAGUGAUCACAACAUUGGAAGAACAGGUGCGACAGCGAAACUUGAACCCGAAAACGGCGGUCUUGAAGCGGCAACAUCACGGCGGCGACGAGAAUAAAGCGUCCACUUCGGCGGGCACCUCGGCCGACGCGUACGUCCCAAAUAUGGCCUAUCGC